CAUUACUCGGACAUGAUCCUGCGUCGCAGAGUAUAAUUUGGCUUCGACACCCAUCGAUCCACAAGAGAACUGACUAAUUAAUAACUGCCUCGAGGGACUUGAUUCCAUUCAAGACAAUAUUAUUCUCUAUAGUCAAAAACAUAAUGAUCCGCCCCUGGAAUGCAGAUCCUUCAGCUGAAUUCCGGCAGGGAUUGCUCGACGCAUCCUGCAAGGGCGAUAUCCGGCGUGUACAUGCACUCUUUGAAAUUUUAAAGGAAGAAGAUAUGGCAGAAUCUAGCUUAUAUUAUUGUCUUCUUACAGAGACAGCUAGGAACGGCCAGGCAGACGUCCUCCGCUAUCUUUUCGACACGUUGUCCGACUGCCUAAGGCCGCUCCCGUGGAAAACCUACAAUUAUCAAUUCUGCCUUCCGUUCAACUACCACGAAGAUAACCUACAUGGUGACAAUCAUACAAGCUAUAGCGGGCUUAAUGUUCUCCUGUAUGCGCUCGAAGGGACAGAUCCUCCCGCGAUCAUCAACGCUCUACUUGAUUACGGCCUGACUGGGAACCAUGAUCUCAAUUCAGACAUGAGCCUGCUUUACAAAGCCGUAGAAAUGAAGAAACACGAUGUGGUGAAACUCCUGCUAGACCACGGCGCCGAUAUUAAUCGCCAGAAGCCCGAGCUGGUCCUGAUCAAGGCUAUAAGGAGCGACGAUCCGGAUAUGGUAUCUCUUCUUGUGAAACAUGGGGCUUUCACAGAAGAGAGCAAUGCAUUUGAAUAUGCUCUGACCAACCGGAGGAUCCGCUCCGUUACGCGACUACUAGAACUGGGCGCAGAUAUCAACGACACGUUCGCCAUGAGACGCAAUCGAAACGGAGACCUUUCCAAAGUCAGAGCAGGCACACCACUCCAUCGUGUGAUCAUGGCUCGACCAAAGCAGCCUGAAGCGACAUGUUCUCUGGAAGAAAUGGUCCGAUUUCUGCUAGUGAAGGGUGCGAAUGCGGACAUCGUUAAUAUCACGGGAAAGACACCAUUGCAAGUUGCACGGCAGAGAAAGAGAAAAGAGGUCAUUAAGAUAUUUAAAGAGUUUGGGGUCAAAAAAUAAUGUUGGAGAGUUAUAUACUUUCUGUGUCGAAUCCUAAUGGUGAUUUGAACCUCCUAACUAUACCAGCUAGGUUGCUUGCUUGAAUCUAAAUCUAGGGGGAUUGGCCCCAUGUU